AUGCUAUUCACUAUAUUGCAGGGAACUGAACUGGUAGUGCACUGGACACAGAGCCUUGUACCAAGCGUGCUUUGGAGAAUGUACCAAGAGAUGGCCCAUGUUGGUAAAUGGGGACAAGGUGACCUCAUUUCUUUCCCUUUCCUCUUGCUCUCAGUGACUUUGCUUAAGGGUACAAUGAUGCCCCAGGGACGCCUCACCUUACACGGGGACCAACCCCAUUCUACUUUAACCAUGCACCCCACUAAUCAGCUUAAUUCUAGGGCUACCUACCCUCAAACCACAUUUCUGGUUCCAACCUUUCGCUUAAAUGAAUCCAACAGCAAACCCCUUUUAUGGAGACCUGAAGAAAACCCAUUGGACCUCAAUAACUUGCCCGACGAUUAUGCAAGGGAUGGUAUAGUUGUCUUUGAGGAAGGCUCCUCCGGCUCACGGAAAAAGAAAAGCGGCGGUAAGGAUGGGAAAGAUGAGUGUGGGAAGGUCUAUGAAUGUAGGUUUUGUUCCCUAAAGUUCCGCAAAUCUCAAGCUCUCGGGGGGCACAUGAACCGCCAUCGCCAAGAAAGGGAGACAGAGACACUGAACCGAGCUCGCCACCUGGUCUUCAAUAACGAUAACUUGGCCACCCAAGGGCAUCUAGGGUGCCACCCGAUUUAUGAUCCAACAUUGCAAUUUAGAUCAGUUUAUCCACCGAGAAUCUUCCCCGGCUCUUCUUCAAUGCUUAUUCCAUCCCCGCCGCCGCCGCCGCCACCAUAUUUACAUCCAUCACCGUCACGUCUCAGCUCCUAUCCCAUCAACGAUUACUAUGUAGGACAUGUCCCGGGAAGCAGCGGUUCACCAUCACAAUACCCUCAGCAAAACCUAAGCUACCUUGUUCCACAAGACUCUAACUUCACUUGCAUCGGAGCUCCGGUCGGACACGGCGGAAGAGGCGUAUCACUGAGCAGCAACGUCCAGGAAGAGGGGCUGAAUUGGGGUAGGAACUAUGCAGUAGGUACACAUCAGCGCUUGGAAAAUCGAUUUCAGGACGGAUUCUAA